CAAAGGCUGGAAAAUAUGGCGCUGGUUUCAUAUUUGAGAGAAAAGUGUUGAGAUAAACGCUGUGGGGUAAAAAAGGAUGAACGGUGUGCGCGGUGGAAAAGCUGCAGGUGUUCCGCAGCUCAAGUGCUCCCACGCUGGUUGCGGAGCGACUUUCUCUAAGCAAAUCAGGCUGCAGGAGCACGAAGCUGCUCACGCAGGAAAGCAUGCAUGGCGGUGCACAGUUAGCGGCUGCGACGGUAGAUUCACCCGGAAAUCACGCCUUAGCCGCCACAUGCUUCAGCACGAUGGAGCCAAGCAAUUCAGGUGUAAGUUUGCAACCUGCACCAAGAGCUUCUUCCAUGGUGACAAGCUGAAGAGACACAUGUGCUAUGCUCACGGCGAAAAAGACAAGUACUUCAAGUGCACUCAGGAUGGCUGCUCCUUGACCUUCAAGAAGAGAUGCCUCUUCAAACUGCACCAGCAGGAGCACGGCGUGGCUGCCAAGUUCAAGUGUUCAAAGGAGGACUGCGGCGCUGUGUUUGACUCCCACGUGGCCCGCAAAGCCCACGAGAAAAAGCACGCAGGUUACCGCUGCCUGAAUGCAAACUGCCAAGUGGUUGAGUCCACGUGGGUCAAGCUUCAGAAGCACAUGGUCCAACAUCAAGCCACUUUUACCUGCCACGUCUGCAAGAAAGUCUUCAAGAGCGCCAACACGCUGCGGCGCCACAAGCGGGUCCACGCGUCCCACAAGCCGGUGCUGGUUUGUCCACGCGAGAGCUGCCAGGCCUACUUCUCCACUACCUUUAACCUGCAGCAUCACAUCCGCAAGGUGCACCUGGGACUCCUCAAGUACAAGUGCUCCUUCCCCGACUGCCCUCGCAUCUUCGCUAUGCGGGAGAGUAUGAGCAGACAUCUGCUUCGUCACGACCUCAGUGCCAUCAGACAGAAGACGCAUCCCCGUCCCAGGAAGUCGUGGCAGAAGCGCCUGGACGGCCACCACCUCCCCCUGGUGGAGGACAACCUCAACCGGCUCUUUGCAUUGCGCAUGCACAUUUCCCGCCGUGCAAAAGUGGAGGUCAACCUGUCGGGUCUCUUCAACGAGCGCAAGAUCCCGCAUUACGUGGACCCCGAGGUCAACCUGCGCGACCUCUUCAGCAUUAAAAAGUCACUGCCGCCUGUCAGUGAAGUGGCGCCACUCAAGGGUUGAGUUAAACAAGACUUUGUGUAGAAAAAAAAUUGGGUCUCUUUGGUUGAAUUUUCCUAAUGUAGCUGCCAUACAUUAACCUUUUUUAAUUUAAUGAUUAGCUUUCAAUCAUUCAGUGUUAAAUUCUUGAAGCAUCUUAUUUUGAAAGGACUUGUUGACCCAAUAAAAUGAGUUGCCUUUUGCCCACAGUGCCACUUGAGUGCUCUUUCCCCAAUUUGUUUCCUAUUGAGCGCUUUGCUUCCCAAAAGUCACUUGUGUGCUUUGAGAGCAGCACACGUAGCGCCUGCUCAUUAAAUAUGAACAAAGACGAGCACAUGACUAAGUGCUGAGUCACGCUGCACUGUGGAGGCGGGCGACGGUCUUACAAAGUAGAAUCUGUCAAAAUCUGAGCUGUAGGAACUUUUUUUUUAAUGCACUUGGAGCAAGAAAAACAUGACGGAUAAUUUAAAAACAAAUUUUUCAGUAAGGUUGAUUUAAAG